UCCAUCAUCCAUCAGCCGUCUUUUGUCCUCUCAGCUGCUGACCGCGCAGUAUGGACGGCGGCCGAAGAAGACCCCCAUUUGACUUUUGAAUUCGACCGCUCAGAUAGCAACAAGCGCUCCUACUCCUCGUACUCCCAAAUGGACUCACACACCCGCUCGUCACCCUCGCCGCUCUUUGUCCGCCAGAACAGCCGCUCGCCUCAGCGCCGUGCCACUCCGCCAAAUCCCAAUCCCCGUCGCCUGCUACCUCUCCCCGUACCUCUGCCCUCGAUACCACCUCACUUCCCAAGAGAUGGCUACGACUAUCGCCGUCCAGCCUCGUCGGCUCGCUCGAGCACCUCGGCCAACAAUAUUAUCGACCUGACAUCCGACGAUGAUCCUACCGCUCCUGGAAAUGCUCCUGCACCGCAACGGCAACCCACUGCUGCACCCGUAUCCUUGCCUCGCUUUGGAAGAGAGAUUAUAGACUUGUCUGCAGACACCAGCCCCUCCAAACCANCCCAUCCCCAUCACGCGAGGACAUCAUCCAGUCCCGAGGUGCAAUUUGUCUCCAGCAGACCUCGAUCACGCACCGAUCAACGUGCUCAGCAUCCUCCCUUCUUGGAUCCCCACCCCGAACAUCGCCGUCAUGCUCCAGAGCUGGUUCUUGACGAUCCAGAGGACGACGUCAUCAUUGCAGGAGAACGAACUGGUGUCAAUCUGCUAGGGCCUUUGGGUGCACACAGGAGGUACGGUGGGUUGGUCCAAAGAUUAUUCGAUGGAGGAGCCCGUAUUCCAGGUCCCGUCCGAGCUGCAGUCACCACCAUUAUGCGUGGGGGUCCGAUGCCACACUUUUUCGGGGCCGCGAACGACGAUGGUGACAAUUCUCGUGCCGCCAAUAUUCUGGGAAUGGCUGGCAUGCCGGGCUUCAUGAAUUACGACACUGUUGGUUUUGAUCUUCUCGGGAAUGCCGACGACCAUAUACAACUACCCGUACCAAAAUUUGAUCCGCCACCCCCUGCACCAGAAGGAUUCACUAGGGACCCAACUGAGGACGAUACGAUAAUCUGCCCAAACUGCGAAGACGAGUUGGCUGUUGGCGAGAGCGAGGAAAAGCGUCAAGUCUGGGUCGUCAAAGGAUGCGGUCAUGUCUACUGCGGUACAUGCAUGAACAAUCGCAAAAGAAAGACCACCAGAGGAGCCAAAGGGAAAGGACGGGCGGACGAACCGGUGCUACCACCGCCAUUCUCGACGUGUCAGGCCGAUGACUGCGGUAUUCGCGUCUCUCAUAAGAAUGAUGUGAUGCAAAUAUUCCUUUGA